AUGUGGUUCCUACGAUAUCUCACAGCACCGUCGCUUCGGUCUCUGAAUAUUGCAAUACUCCGCCGUGAUCAGGUUGCGUUGGACAACUUCGUGAAGAGGUCGCCCUGCGUUGAAGCCCUUAUUAUUGACGAAAGAUAUGGCGGCGAUUAUUGCUCCUAUAAGGAUGAAGUCCUCAUUUCCGACCUUGAAAUCGUGGAUUAUCUCACAAGCCCAUCGUUGCGCCAUUCCUUGCGUAGGCCUCGAUCUUUUGUACACCAAAAAAAUGAUACUUUCUGUGAUCUAGGAACGGUUGGAUGCUGGCCGGCCGCUGCCGCCUCUGUUGUGCUGGAGGCCGACGUCCUGGCAGCAGAGAUUGGUCGGCUGGUCGGAGGAGUCAGAUGA